UCGCAACAAGCAACACCUCUUACGGAAGAAGCGACAGAGCUAGAGUGGUCAUUAAUCCAAUCACCCACGAAGCUUUGCACACACAGGUAGUCAUGGAAGGUCUCCAGCAUCAGCAGUCCAGCGUUCUGGAGAGGCAGCUAGUUCAGACGCUGCUGGAUGAGGUGUGGCCGCGUCUGAGCUGGUCCGCGCCGUCUAAGAACGCGCUGGUCAUUGGUUGUGCCACUGGAGAGACCAUGUGUCUCGACCUGUUGCCGCGAAUGCCGCAAGAUGUUUUCAUCGUCGCAGGCGACGGGAGACAAGAGAUGAUUAAUGAGUGCGUAGCAAGAUUUCCUUUCGAUAACGUGGGCUUCAUUGUCGUGGACUUCGGGACUCCUGACAUCCAAGCGACUCAAGCAUGGAACCUGGUGCCGUACACGAAGAUCUUCAGCUUCUUCUACUUGCAGUCGAUACGGGAUCAGAACCAGGUGAUGGAGAACAUCUACAAGCUCCUGGUCGACGGUGGAGAAGCAUUUAUCGUGAUGAUCAUCUACACGGCUGUGGAUUCCCUGUAUCUGGCUCUGUCAAGGGCGGAUUAUUGGAAUCUGUAUGUGCAGGAUUAUAGGCACUUCGUGACGCCGUAUCAGUUGUUAGAUGAUCCUGCAGACGUACUGAGAGGUUUUCUGGAGGACGCCGGGCUCCAGAUCAUAAAUGUUGAGUGCAGAGAAGUCAACUUCAGUUCUCAGAACAUAAACGUCAUAAGAGAGGGAGUGAGAGCUACAAACCUUUUCCACAGUAGGCUACCACCUGCAGUGCAGUUAAGCUACUGGGAGGACUGCAUAUCCGAGGUACGCAGCAAUGGUAAGCUAAUAUUGCCCCAUCCCAAUGAUGCGAUGUACCACUACAGAUACAACGCGCUCAUCGCCCACGUAAUGAAACCGUGACUUCUCGAUAACCCCUACCCUCUUUCGUUCAUCUGGUAUGGCCGCCAACGUCCGAACCGCUCACACCUUAAUUCUUUUAAUGCAAACUUCCAUUGUAAUUGACACUUCAGUGAUACAAUACUUGACAUUCAAGUUUUGCAGUCACGUCUUCGGGCAAGUAUAGCAUGACUGGUGAGCGAAGAUCACAUUAUCAACACUUGCUUCCAGAUGAGAUGAAUUCCCGAUCACGAACUCUUUCACUACGUCUGAAACUAAAGUGGACAUGAAACGUGUGUGUUUAAUAUUAAAUUUUUCAGAAGUUAUGAAAUCACUCGGCCAGAGGAGCUUCAUACCUCCAAUUUCUACACGUUUUCCUACCAGCUACUCGAGAUGCCCUAGUAAUGGUUGACUGGUGCAAAGAAACAGAAGAGGAAUCCAUCAAGAGCGAAAAGUUGUUUCCGCAUUCGAAAUAAUCAUCUCCACUAGGUGAUGGACUUCCUGUGAACGGUCGAUCACACGAGAAGAAAAAUUACGAAGCCAGCUUAGCUCAAAUAAGAUACUUUGUACAGGAUGGCGUGCAAUUCACGGAUUCCUGUUGUUCAGCGGAAGAGACUGCACGGAAACACACAUUAGCUUUCAGAUACUGCAUCGAUUAAAGUAAUUCUAUUUUAUUUAUACACUGCCUCUUAACCUUGUCAGUUCUUAAAUACUUUGUAAAUACUUUAUAAAUAUUUAUUGUUCUUUGUUGAAAUAUUUGUAUUUUGGCGAGACGUUUGAGACAAUUAAUGCAUGUACUUUAACUACUGCAAAAAUUAUCUUGUGAAUACAUUGAUAGAGAAUAUACCUGUGUAUCCAAAGUAUUAACGAGCAGUCAUCCUACCUGUGGUAUCAUCCUGGUCCGUCAUAAUUCUACUGGAAAAAUAAUUUUUAACAAUUGCUGUUACAAGUUAGUAAUAACUAGAAAGUAAUUUACCGACAGAGUGAAGCUAAUCACUGAGCUGUUGCCCACUUUUCAAAUGAAAUUCGCAUUUCAUUCAAGUCAUUUGUCAGAGAGUAGCUUCAUGCUGACAAUAAUCCUCAAUGGUAAUGGCGUCCAGACCAGUUCUCUGCUACCCUAGGUCGCUACUGGCUAAACAGUUGGCGUCCAUUCGUCAACAAAGGGCUUACGGCAUCUCUUCUCAUUCGGUUUAAUCGGA